AUGAUCAAUACUGGUACUGCAAGCAAGGCUUGCAUAGCAUGCCGAGACCGCAAACGCAAAUGCGAUAGAAUCAAGCCAAGCUGCUCUCUCUGUUACCGUCUUGGCCGCGUUUGUCACUAUGAGCCUCGUUCUCGGAGAAAUGACACUUCAGUUGUGCUCAGCAGUACUCCUCUACAAGUACCGACGGUCACUCUUCUGUCGCCUCCAGAAACCCCACCACUCUGCUUGCAACCUGAUGUCAACAAGGCUAUCACAGGUCGACUUCUCCAUGCCGUGGGUGAUAUCUCAGCAAUUCGCGUGAUAGCUGAGAACUAUUUCGGAAGUGUCCAUCGCUGGUUUCCAAUCUUGUCCGAGGUGUCCUACUAUGAGCAACUCACCUCGACCUACACCGACCCAAACGCUGAGUACAGUCUGUUGUCUUUAAGUAUGGCUCUCAUCACAUUAAUGCCAUCAGAGGACGAAUCAUUCUCAUCCCUUUAUAUGUUGGUCAAGAGUGCCAUCGCUAUUGUGGAGGCCGCGAAUAUUCAUUCGCUGGAAGUUGUUCAGGCAAGGCUCCUUGUGACAUUGUUUGAAGCCGGUCAUGGUAUUGAGCCUGCGGCAUUUAUCUCCAUGGCGGCGACUACGAGGGCUGCUGUCGCGAUUGGCCUGAAUCAAAAAAUCAAUGACCCCUGCUGCCAUGACGAGAAUAUCAAUUCGAAGAUUCAAGCUGGCUUGCGUGUAUGGUGGGGUCUUGUCAUGUUAGACCGAAGCUACACAAUCGAGCGCGGGGAGGGUUCAUGUGCCACGCACCAAUAUGAAUCUCCUCAAUAUCUUCCACGUGAUGGCAGUGUUUGGGACAACAAGAUAUUAUCGUCCGCCAAACCAUUAAAUCUUUCUACACCAUCCAGCAUACGAGUUGGUGGAUUUGCAAGGCAAGCUCAAGUGUCACAUGUGCUCCAUAUCCUGAUGAUGCAUCUGCAUGAUUCAAGAACCAGUGUUCCAGAUCCCGAUGAAGCCGAUCAAAUCGCUAGGACCCUGACAGCAUUUUCAAUGCUAUUGCCAGAAGAAACGCCUCAACCUUGGCCAAUGUACUGUGGAGCUCUUGGAAUGUGCUUCAGUGCAAUGAUGACACUCCACGAGUCACGCCCACGAACCUCACUCUCAGAAGAGUACCUCAACUGUGAUCAGCCAGAAUCUUUGCGAUCCUCCCUCGAACGUAUACAUGGAUUAUGUACUCGCUUCAAUGCGCGAAUCGAGCAAGUCAGCGUCGAUGCUAUGUCUCCGUUUCCCCCAUAUGGGCUGAUUCGAGCUGCAACCCUGAGACACCAACUAUUCAAGGAAACAGGGGACUACUCUCAUAUCACAGCUGCAGAUUCCCUGACGUUGAUGGUGAAGCACUUUAGCAAGAGAUGGAAACGUGCAGGUAAGAACUCGAACUAA